UUUUUUUUUUUAUAACCGAGAUGUCAAGGGACAAACAAACCCGAUCCGCCCCUUCCCCCACCCCCUCGGAUCUAUCCCUGCAAAGCAAUGAGGAGUGGGAGCCAACCCAGGAGGCGGAUGCGACCGACCAGGCAUCUAGUGACCAGCCGCGGUCGUCAAGGGCCCAUGAGAAGUCCAAGAAAAAGCCUAGUAAAAAGGCAAGAAGCCAGCCAGAGGAGCAGUCGGAGGAGGAAGCCUCUGGUGAAGAAGCAGGACAGAAAAAGCCGCGUGGACCCAGAUACACUGAGGCGGAAAACUGUGUCCUAGUGGAUUGCGUCGACAGGUCCUACGACGUUUUGUAUGGAUCAAGGGCACAGAAAACAGCAUUUAAGGUAAAGCGGAACAUCUGGGAAUCCAUCGCCAGUCAAGUAACUGCAAUUUCUGGAAACCGUCGGAGCACCCAAAAUUGCUUGAAGCGGUACAGUGAUUGCCGCAGACAGACCAAGAAGAAGAUGGGGAUUCAGCGCCGACAUGAGACAGCUACGGGAGGUGGCCCGGCUCUCAAUUUGAAGUGGCUACCCUGGGAGAACGUUAUUAGAAGGCGCUUGAACCCUGCCAUGGUCGAAGGAGUUCGCGGAGGUGUGGACUCCAGCCGUCCUGCUGGCUUUCUCGAGGAGGAAGAACCGCCCAGAAGACGGAGGAAGGCGGGAGACCAGCCGUCCAAAAGGAGGUCUGAUGACAGACCUGCCCAGAGGACAUCACCUGCGCACAGGACAUCGCCAGCGCACGGACCGUUACCUGUGCAGCAGGCAUCGGCAGCAGCGCGCGGACCAUCAACUGCGCCGCAAGCAUCGCGAGCACACAGAUCGUCACCUGUGCGCCACAGUUCGUCAUCGCGCAGUUGGUCACCUGUGCACCAGACGACAUCAGUGCACAGACUAUCACCUGUGCACCAGACACCGUCGGCGACCACACCACAAGAUGGGCGCCAAACUACAGCUCCUGCGCGCAGGCCAUCACCAGAUCGUCGUCUCUCCAGGAGCUCUGGGACUGUGACUGAAGAGCCUCAAGACACAACCCUUGUGGACCCAUCACUCGAUCUGUUUGAGUCUACAGGGUUAACUGACGAAACUUUUCUUGGGUUUGAGGACAGCCGUGCAGAUGUAUCCAGCCAGACCCUUGAAAAGUCUUCCGAAACGAGGACAAGUGGAGCUCCUGGAGCAGCGGCAUCACAGGAUGGAGAAGUGGUGCCACGAACCAGCAGCGGACUAGCUUCGGGGAUUGGUUCGUACUUCAGGCCGGAUCUCCUACAGGGGUCGUCAGAGGAUGACGAGGUGGAAGUGCAGGAUGAUCCAGUUGCUACAUCCCUGCCUGCCCAAAUGAAUGUGGUGGCAGACAUCCAGAAAGGGCAGAAUCCCUCAACUGUUCAGAGGGUUCACACCCUGGCAUCAGAGAUUGGGACACGCCAGGAUACAUACACAAAUGUUGUGGGAAGCAGACUGGACAACAUUGAGAGGACAAUGGAGAAAAUGUCCAACAAUCUGCAUGAACUGCAGAAGACUAUUUCCGACAGCACGGCCACAAUACUACAGAUCAUAAUUGAAGAUCGUAGGGAGAAUAGGAACAUACUUAACAUCAUGUCCGAUUCCUUGGUCAAGCUUGUGGAAAAAACCACAUGUUUGGCAGAAAGCAAUAAGAACAUGUCGGAUAGUCAUCGACACUCCUCUUCCAGCCAACAGCUCAUCGCAACCACACUGCAGAUGAUCUAUGAUAAGCUCCCAGUACCAGCUCAUCAACACGCUGGUGAUCCACCAUAUCCGCCGUCUCAAGCCACAAGGACGCAUCGUACCCUUCCUCAAGUCCCAUCCCAGUACAGUCAGUCACAGAUGUACCAGGGAUAUACAGGGAUGUACCCCACCCCCCAGAUGCCUCCACCACCAGCCGCACAUUCUUCAGCAGCAUGGGCACCGAGGGCCAGUCGACAUACUCCCCAGCCUCCCAGGACAUCCACGCCCUAUCAGGGGGAAGAAGAGGAUCCGGACAGACUUCCACCAUAAACCCGGUCGUAUUAUUUUAUUUUAUUUUAAAUGUUUUUCAUGUAUCCCUGUCUUCCCCUCCCAUUAGUUUGUUGUUUUUCUUACUAUU